CUCUCUCUAUUAUCUUCCAUAAUAUGGCCAAAGAAAGCUCCGCCCAUACUUCCCUCUUCCACGGCGGCGAUCAGUCGUCGGAGGAGAGUGGUUGGACCAUCUACUUUGAAGAUUUCCUCAACAACCACCACCCUACUAAUCAACCACCCACCUCCUUCUCUUCUUAUCCUCCCUCUCCCGAUCAAAGCUACCCCGUCGCCGAUGCUGCCUCCUCCGUCGUCGACCACAAACUACUCGGCAACCACGACGGAGCCGCCAUGGGUCCCGGGUUUAGCUGCAAGGAUCAUAUCAACUUUUUCAAGAAGAGGAAGAUGAUCUAUGAGUUGUUGGUUGACGAUGAAGCUUUGGAGGACACUGCUAGCUCUCCUGUUAAUAGUCCUAAGGUCUGUGAUUCGAACUACUUCAGUAAAAACCCGAGGCACAAAGGGAAGCUCAUAACUCCUCAGGUAGAUGAGAGAAGAGACAUAGGUGAUUUAAUUGGAAUUGGCAGUGAGUACACAGAAUUGAAGAAAAGAGGGCUUUGCUUAGUACCUUUUUCUAUGAUAAUUAAUUAUAUGGAUCAAUAAUUCCUCUCUCUCUCUCUCUCUCUCUCUAUAUAUAUAUAUAUAUAUAUAUCUAUAUAUCUAUAUAUAUAUAUACUCUCUCUUGUUUGUGUAAAUAUUCAUUUGAUGAAGGGCUAUGUGUUUGUAUAAAAUGUGUAAUAUUAUUGCAAUCAAAUGAAGGCAUAGCCGACUUUCGGUGUUAUAAAUGGUAUCUGAAAAGGUACUGAACA